AUGCAUGCCUCGUCAGUCGCGACUGCGGGUAUCCAACGCCAGGUAGGGGUGUCGUUCGCCAGUUAGGCCUAACUUUGUGACUGAAAUAAACAGUGCCGUCCUUCUCUUAUACUCCAGAUCUAGAGCGUUCACAAGUGACCACCCAUUAAUGAAUACUUAGUAACUUGAGAAAAUUACCGUCAAUAUCAACUGGGACCGGACUACCCAUUUCUGACGCAUUUGUCGUCAUCAAGCAACUGUACAAAAUUAUCGCUUUGUUGUCGUGGGAAAAUCGUGGAAUUUGACUGACAACGGACGCGUAGAGCGAAGAAAUAACUUUGCACAGCAAACAAACCGCAUAUUUACAGAUGCUUUGUUUGUGUUAGAGAAAACACCGAUCUUCACGUUUCAAGUGGCUAUAUUUCAGAGUUUUCUGUCCCCCGAGUACAGGCUACAAACUUUAAAUUAACGGAAAGGCUUCACUCUUCAGAGAUAACUAUACCGUGAUUAUCUCCCAGAGAACGCCAUUCACCCUCCUGGCCACGAUAAACCAACUUCAAGUUCGACUAAGGCCGGAUUCCCCUGGAAGUGGGCGACCGCGUGCGGCGCGAGCUGUUCGAGCCAUGUUUCCCCGGGAACCUGUUCCUCGACAAACUCAAUAACCUCCCGCCUCUAUAUUCAUUACUUAGACUUUGUCUGAAAGGAGCACUUGUCCCCGCGGGUCGGACGCGAGCUAACGUUUAUUCCCGUGGCGCUAUCACCGGUUCAUAUUGCCGACUAAUCGACACCAGUGACGGAGCUGCAAUAAUUGCCGAGUCGAAUGCGGACACGAAUGCGUUCAUCGCACAAACUACGUCCACCGGCGGUGAAUGUGGGAACUGUAAAUUGUGCUAGGCAUGUGGUAGCCUACUAGAUGCGUCCUACAAAUGCAGCACUCCGUGUGCGUUCAUUACACUUACCUUCGAAAUGUCAGGCCAAUUAACGACUUGUUCUCCAAUAGUAGUGGAAAUGCGAUUCCCAGGUGACAUAUCAAAAGAAGAGACGCUCAGUGACCUGCUGCGUAAAAAUUACGAUGGGGGUGGUGGCCAGCCCACAGCUCAGGAGCUCAUACAAUUCAUUGGGCAUUGGCACAAAAUAUUCUUUACCUUCGAAGGGAUCACAUACAAGCAAAUCAAGGGUACUAUAAUGGGUUCCCCAAUCUCCGGGUUCAUUGUCUAGGCGGUUCUACAAAAGCUGGAGAGAGGACUAUUCGAGGAGAACAAACCCAAGUUUAGGGCACGCUGCGUUGAUGACACCUCUGUAAUCAUCGACGGGGAUAAAAUCAACUACCAUGCGGAGCUGCUGAACUCAAUCAUUCCUUAUCUGCAGUUUACGAUGAAAGAGGAAGUAAGGGAAAAACUUCCAAUAGAAACGAAGAGAUGAGACCCAGGAAGUAGUCUUGAAGAAGGAGACACGAUCGCCGCGACAAGAGCUUUAUUAGCCUGACGUUUCGUAUUCCUACUCGAAUCCAUCAUCAGAGACAAAAAAGCAGAAACGGGUGGUUGCUGCACAAGGGGCUGCGGUAUUUAUAGGAUGCCGUAGUCAUGCUACCGCAUACCUAUGAACAUUCACGGCUCCCCCCUUCAUCCGGGAUCGUCGCACUUGGUGUGAUCACUGCCCGAUGGCCGACAUUCGAGUCGAUAAUUCCUGCAAUUUCAUCACGUGCGUUGGAUGUUGGCGUGAUGAUUGCCCGACCAUCUGACGCACCGACCCCGGUGUUGGGAAAAGUGUUCACCUCUGCGCUCCCCGCAUGGCUUGUAACUCCGCCUAGGCGAAGUUUUAGCACGCAGUAUGGAGUGGGAAGAUCGUUGCACUUGUUGAUGGACUGGGGGUCAGUAAACCAUGAUUCCAGUAGCUCUCGGCUCACUCGGUUGUCACCUCUUGCGAGAAUUUCGGCCUCAUCGAAUUUAAAUGUGUGGCCGGGUCUCAUCGAAUGAGCCGCAACUUGAGAGCUGGCGUCAUUUCUGCGCACCGCUGCCGCGUGUUCGGCCAUUCUCGUUCGGAGCUGUCUUCCGGAUUCUCGACGUAGUUGCUUUGUCCGCAACUGCAGCAGAUCCGAUAAACGACUCCAGACGUUUCUAGCCGUGGCAGUGGGUCUUUCGGUUUCAUGAUCAGACGCCUGAUGAUUGCCUCCGGUCUGUGUGCCACUCCAACCCCAAGUGGUGCGAGAAGGCGGCCGACAGCUUCCGAAACGUUCUUCACAUACGGAAGUGCCCGCCAACAUUUGGUGUCCGUGCGGUUAGGCCUUUCGUCCCUUUAGCGUAUGCACCGGUCGACGAAGUUGCGUGGGUAGCCAUUGGCUUUGAAGACCCGUCGGAGGUAUUGUAGUUCGUCAAUUUUGUCUUCCGGCUCACUGCAGUGCGUUUCGACACUUCAUUGUCCCGGCGAUCGUGUCUCCUUCUUUAGAACAAACUUCCAUUCUUGGAUGUUCUCGUCUUUCGCUAACCCAACGGCAAACUAGCGACGUCGGUCUUCAGAAAACCGACAAACACGCUGCAAAUGCUCAGCUACGACAGCAACCGCCCGUUAUGGCACAAACGAAGCUAUGUCCACACGCUAUACCGACGGGUGGAAACUCGUUGCAGCAUGCCAGCCGCCAAACUGGACGAGAUAAAGCUCCUCCAAUAACCCUUCAGAGACAACGGCUAUCCGCGGACAUUUACUGAACGGAGCUGAAGGCAGCCAAAGAAAUGGAAUGAAGAGCAUAGUCAGUCAAACUCGUGACGGAGCAUUCCGUAUACUAAAUGGAUCUCCGAAGCCACUCGGAAUAUGUGUUGACCACAGGCCUGACUCAACAAUCCGCCGCCACGUGAUGCGUCCAAAAGAUCCGAUCCCCAAGCACGAGAUGUCGGCCGUUGUCUACCGACUUCAUUGCAGCUGCGGAAGGUGCAACUACGUUGGAGAAACCGGCCGACGGCUGCAAACGCGAAUGCACGAGCAUAAGUUGACCGUGCGAAGUUUGGACCCAAAGUCGGAGGUAGCAACCCAUGCCGCGCAAAUUGGACACAUCUUCAACUUCGACGCUGUUAACAUUGUGGGCGGGGGCGGUGAUCAUACAGCAAGGCGAGUGCAAGAAGCCUGGAUGUCCACCGACUGCUCUGUCAACCGCCACAUCAAUUUGCCUCCCCCAUAUCUGAUUUCACUAACCUUUUUAUCGAGGGCUAGUCAGGGCGCGGGACAAUCGGGGUCGUCAGUCAUCUACGCGGCCGACAGGGGGUAGGAUUCAGGUCACAGUGACAUGCGGGUUGCAUGCAGCCACAUAAGCGGCAUUGGCGGGUCACACAUUGAAAAAAGUGCGCCCUAUAAGGGGAGCUGUGCGUAGGACUUUCCAGUCUCUGAGGGUGGGUAGACGAAUCAACUACUCGAAACGUCGGACCUCCAACAAACCCCUCCCGGUGAACAUCUCUUCGCCUUUUGUCUCCUUCUUCCCUCUAAAUCGGAGCCUGUCAACCGAUAUUUAAACGAGACGACUGAAUAACCGGGUUCCAGAUUGUUUAGAAAGCUCUUACUUGCAGCUUCUACUUCAGCGACAAAAGGAACAUUCUCCGUCCUAUGAGCCCGGCCCUAUUCGUAGGACUUAGGUGAGGACUCAGUAAAUUUCCCUUCCGACAGGCCCAUUCGUCCAUCGCGGCUCAAAGCAUUCUGCCACCUGUCCUUCACUCGUUAAAUCACCUGCAUACGGUUUCGGGCGCAGACAUCCGGAGUAGUAGAUCAGUUAUGGUUAUACACAGCGCAUCCUGACCGUCCAACCCACGCAGUAAUGCGGAUUUCGUCCCUUAUCAGCCUAGCUAUCUAAAAUCUGUCAGGUACCCUCCGUGGCCCCUGGUUCACUUCCGUUAGGACACGUUGCUUUCUAUCCUGUCUGCCGCCUGUCAGAACUGCUGGUCCGACGUCAGUCUCAAAAUCUAUGCGGGAGGGGGGCAGCAUCACGAAGUCCAAGAGCAUGAGGUUGCUAUCUGCACCUCUGGUCGCAGAAGGCGAGACAACGAAAUGACAACAGCUAUACUGGGCGUUAGGAGUAGGAGUACGGACCGGUACAACAGUUUCCACUAGACGACACGAAGGCCAGUUUCUUCAGGGCUGACCCUCAUAAUACUGCCUGGGUGAUGUAACACAUAAAGAAGGCAAAGGGGGUGAGUGUUAAGGAUGCGCAGGAAGUCGUCUAUCGCCGUCUCAGGGGGUGCACCAGAACAUGCGAAGAGUGACAACUUAAUCAGAUUCAUUUCGGAUGUACUGGGUAUGUCCUUGUUGUAGAUUGAAUCGCUAGGCGUAGUAUACGCAAUAGAUGGAAUUUUUCAACUUACUUUUUUUAUCUAUGUAAAAUGUUUCUGUCCCAAUGUCAGAUUAAGGAUAACGCUGGAUUUUGGAAGGGAUGGGAUACUUGGACGGAAAAUUAUUCUUCAACCGCCUCUUAGUCGCCCCAACAACUGCAAAGGACAAGUAACCAAGGAAGCGUACGCGAUGAAGGUAUAUUAAUUCAGACGGAAAAUAUGAAACAAAAAAGUGUCCACGAUCCAAAAACCUAGUCUACUUAAAUGCAGAAAUAUAAAGUGAAAGAAGAAAAGCAAAAUAUGAGCUCUUAUCGUGUGAUACGAAUACGAUUUUGGAGAUCAGUACUAUCGCUUGUGCUAGUGGGUUCAAACCUGCACGAAUGAAGACAGAAAAGGCUGAUUUCGAGUGAACGGAGUACCGAUACCUAGCAAGGACAUUGUGGGUAAUAUCCGGUAAACCUACCUUGCCGAUAACUGCCCUGAGUUCUUCCGAUAGGCUUACAUCAGCAAGCACAUGUGAAUUCCAUACAUGAUUUAGCUGACGCAUAUUUUGGAUAUCUUCUGAAAAGCAGUCACCGCGAUGGCUUUCCUUUUAUCCUAAUUAUGGCAGCUUUGUUUCACAGACCUAUUUCUCAGCUGUGAUUAUUCAUUCUCGCCUCCUACAGAAUCACCUUUCAGGAUGUGCUACCAGAAAAGUCGCAGGCACGAAGUUUUGCUUUUGAAUUUUGUUAAAGAUUUCUUCGUUUUUUGCCUGUAUCUGGAACAUGACGAAUACACCUCCCUCUCUUGAUUCCCGCGUCUUUUUUGACUAAAACAAAUGAGUUUAUGCUUGCACAGACUCCGGUUAGGCGAUGAAUGCCCAUGAGAAUGCAUUCGAAAACCCGUCCAGGUCAAGUCGGUUCAAACUCUGAGGUUGGAAGGAACAUUUCUUUGUAGGUUUGUUUUCAUCAUAAAUUACGUAGACAAGUAUGUACGGGGAUCAAAGAUGGCAUGUCCUGACGUUUACUCACAUGGACCAAUAAAAUUUCGGAGAAAUACAGACUAGCCUAGAAAUCAUUGCAGUAUUUACAAACUGCCUACCUCCUGUUUACACAGUGGUAAUUGCAGCUUUGCAAUUUCCUGAGAAAUGAAUAGCUGACUUGGUACAUUUACAUGGCCACUUCAUUGAAGCCGGUGCCGAGAAUUUUCUCCAUGAUCAUGCAUUAAGUUCUGGGAGAUCAAAAAGCCUAACAGCAAAAAUUGGAUUACACAUCAGAAAGCGCCUAGGAAGUACUGGUAGAUCCACUGAUGACGCCGAAACCCCCUCAGCUAUGUCAUGUGUCACCACAACAUUGGCGGAACACAUUUCUAACCAUUUAUAGAAUGCACGUUAUGGAAAGUUGGCAUAUAGAUCAGUAUUAAAUAUCCGUUAGAUAUCGCUGGUGCCCCUAAAAUAACCGACGAAAGAGAUCCGCUGGGCCAGUGUGCACGCAACAUUUUUUGAGUAAGAACUUGUUUCGCGCUGAAAAAAGUGAUUUCAUCCCUAAUUUUACCAUAACGUUCCACCUAUACGGCAUCAAAGUUGAGGUUCCCAGUUGUUCGGACUAAUUUCAUCACAUUCGUGGCCGGUGUGGGAAUAAUUAACUUAACGAAUUAUACUGCGUAUGAGAGAGAGGUGGGCAAACAAGUAUUAUCGUCAAUUUUCGUUUGUUUUCUGUUUUUCGACUAAUUAAAUUUGCAAAUGACAGAAACGACGGGCUGUUCUUCGAUGUUACACAACAUACCACGCAGAAUUCAGACUAGCUAUGCGAAAAAAGCGUCAACUUGCAAAAAUAAGCGUAUUUGAUGAUCCUAGGCAUAUUUUUGUUUUUAAAGUUGUCCUUAAUCUUGCUCGUGUCCUGCAACACUUCCCGUUUUGAGUGCUUAACAUUUUUUGAGACAAAACCUCCUUUAAGCUUCAAAAAAGUUCCGAGCUCUUCCUGACGCCACACAUUAUAAACUCUCAUUCACUUUAAUAUAAGAAGCUGCUGUUUACACAAGAUGGCUGUGGGUAUGCAGCAUAAAGCAAUGCCGAUGGAGUUCACAUGGCCCUAUCGUGGUAAAUAACUGAAGAAAGAGGAGAAUAUUCCGCGCUUUGUAUUGCGGGCAAGCACCAGUACGUAUAUAGUAAUUUUGAUGAUGAUGAUGAUGAUGAUGAUGAUGAUGAUGAUGAUGAUGAUGAUGAUGAUGAUGAUGAUGAUGAUGAUGAUGAUGAUGAUGAUGAUGAUGAUGAUGAUGAUGAUGAUGAUGAUGAUGAUGAUGAUGAUGAUGAUGAUGAUGAUGAUGAUGAUGACAGAAUUCACACUGAUCCGACUGCGAAAAAUUCAGUGCCUGGGUGCGUGUCGAACUCACGACAGCAAGGGGGGCUUUAGUUGGGACGAAGUAUGGAUAGUCAGCUUACUGUAUCAGAUUUGACAGAUUUCAGACGUAGCAGUAGGUUGGGGAGGUAACUUGACGCAAAUGUGUUUAAACUCACGGCUCCCAGUGGGGCGUCGUAGCUCAGGUGGCUAGAGUGUUGGCGUGUACAUAAACCUUUCCCUUGCUGCCGAGGGUUCGAUUUGCACCGAGGAGCCGAGUUUUUCACAGUUGGGUCAAACGGAAUUAUUUGAAAUCUACCAGAACACCUCUGGAUGACAUAAUUCACGUACCUUGCCAAAAUUUCGGCAAUUACUACUUAUGACGGCUUGUUUUCUUAAUGGCAGCCAGUUUAAAUGGCACUGAAUGCUCUGCAUGCAUACUCAGCGACUAUGCUAUGGAAGAAGAAUCGGUCGCGUUAAAUGCCAGCUAAAAUUGGUGCUCAGAACUGCAAAUGAUCUACCUGCCGGAUGGACACUGAAGAGUAAGGCAGUAAAGUACAAAACAGAGUAUUCUUGAACUUUGAAACAGCAGAUGGUAGGUCUGUGAUCUUUCCCGUCCUCAGUAAGGCCAAUGCGUGACCGCGUCUUUCAGUGGAUUUGUCGACGCCUCAUUCACUUUCUUAGGGCGCAGGUCAAGAUCGGAUUUUUCAUGAACCACUUCGAAAACUUAAUGGGAUCUUUCGGGACAGAUACUAGACUGACCUCUUUUCAUCACAGUUAGUCAAGCAACGGCGUGGAAAUCGGGCAAAAAAUCUCAAUUGGUUCCGCAGGCAGCAGAGAAAACAGCGUCUAAACCACGAUCACUAUCUCUCUCUCUGCUGGCUUGAUAUAUCCUUAAGGUAUUAGUCCCAUUGUGGGCAAGUUUUAUCACUGAACACGAAGUCGCGAGUAUGACUCAGAGCAUCGUUCUCGGGUGACGUGUUGAUUGAACACAUCAAGUUGGCACCUGUUCUUUACGCAUGCAGUCCAGACACUUGUGCCCUCAGACAGUAGGUGGUUUAGAAGCAAGGGCAACCAGUGCGUGAUGACCCGUUUGGCAGAAUGAGAAUUCGCUGAAAAAGUGGAAUAAGUGUUCCGAAAGGAUUGAGGUCCUUUCUCCAGUUCCAAGACAGAAGCCUACGUGUAAAUCGUUGAAUUACUCUUCUCCCGCUCAAUGUUUCUGCCAGGAUAAUCCCUGCAAAGCCGUUUAUCUAGCAUGCAAGUGCGGACGCAUUGACGGCUGGACUGUCGCAAACGACGAGGUGGGGCCCGCAGGGGCGACUUGCGCAAACUCUACCGAACUCCUCCCUUUCAGCCGCCUGACUGAGGCGACAAUGCAACGUCAAAACGGUCGGAGGUGA